AUGUGCGUUCUGCGACACCGUCAGACUGGCCAGCUAAAAGUCUCCUCAAUGCACACUAACCGUUCCACUUUGGGUUCGACUCGGGCUCUCUCCCUGAGCACCGAGCACAUGAACAAGGAGCCCUCAUUGAUUGCCAUCCCCCCUCCAAUGUCCAACCUUCCUUACGACCCUCCUCACCUCUCUAGAUGGCAACAGGCACCUCAACGAUUUCAGGGAUCCAAUAACUCUCGCUCCGGUAGCGCUGUCGCUCCCCGAAUCGAUGUCUUACAGCAACACCAGUCCACCUCCAAGUCCGUUACUCUCAACGACCAGUUUCGCGCCCUCACUCUGCACCCCAGGAACUACUGUGAUCCCCACCGGACGUCCACGAUUCGGCCGGGAAUUAUAAACGCAACCACCUAUGAACUCUCAGAUGAUCUGCGCGCGAAGGAGGUGGACCUCAUGGAACGCUGCUAUGGAGGGAGACUGAGGGCUCAACGUGCUGCCCGCAUAAUACAGCGCAAGUAUCGUGAAUAUCGCAUGCGUGCUCAGUACGCUCAGCUGAGGUCCGAUCGACGGCUGACUAACCGACUAACUAAUGGAUUAAACAGCUACUAUCCUGAGGACCAGCGUGAAGCACAACACUUGGCCAGUAUGGAAGAUCUUGUAAUUGAUCGAGCCUAUCUGGACUGGGCGAGUGAGGCUGCAGGGAGUCCGGGAGGGGGCUCUAUUCCUGACCUCACAAUAGAGGCAAAGGGUAGUCGAUCGUCCGCUCCAUCGGGGGCAACUCAGUCUCCUGAGUCCGGUGAGGUUUCAUCGCACUCGUGUUCCAAUCUAGUUGCGCCAAAGAGCCAACAUCCACCGCAGUCUUCCAGUCCUGGAACGGGAACCGGUUCUACCUCUGGUUUUGUCUCCUCCCCAGGAUCGUGCUCCUCUGGCUCUCUGCCGACCGAAAAUGUUACACUGAAUACACAAGUCACAAGACAGUCGUUGGAGCAUCAGACUCAACAGCCUCUUGUGUACUAUGUCAUGGAUAGGGGGGAAGAACAACGUGCCCACCAGCAAGCACAACAACUUUACGUAGCUGUCCCCGUGAGAUCGGAUCAGCAGUACAUUAAUCUGGCACCUCAACACCAGCAGCCCCAGCAACAACAACAGCAACGGUAUUUGACUCAACCAGCGACAGCAACCGCAGUGCUAGUUCGUCGCUGCAGCACGGGUUCGAACUCCGUGCAGGCGCCAGUGUGGUGUACUCCCGAUGGGAAGAUGUAUGCUCUGGCCUACGCGGAUCAACCGGCAACAACUCUGGUUGUCUCACCCCCCUCCCGCCAACCAAUAGUCGUGGCUCCGAUUCGGAGAGAGGGCAACUGUGGAGGCUUGGGGAACUCACCGGUCCUUGUGCAGCUCCAUCACCACUCCACCUCCGCCUCUGCCGGUGUUGCCUCUGCAACCAACUUGGUGCCAGUGAGUCCGAGAACUCCUGUCACUAGCGCAGCAGUUGCAGACAGGUGCCGAAAACGGCUCUACCGAGUGUGCUUGAACUAUUUUAACAAGUCUCCGGUAAAGGGAAUGGACAUGUUAAUUAGGUUCCGGUUCCUUGAGGCCUCUCCGCGACAGAUAGCACGGUUUUUGCACAUCCGCAGGGGACUGGCUCGUACUGCGAUUGGGGAGUACCUGGGUGAAAUGAAACACGAUCUAUGUGUCGCUACGGCUCGUCAAUUUAUCAGACAAGUGGACUUUCGGGAGAAGGAGAUUGACGAGGCGUUGAGGCUCAUGAUGUCACUGUUCCGCACUCCCGGAGAGUCGCAGAAGAUAGUGCAUCUCAUGACGGCCUUUCAGUUGGCCUACGUCGAGCAGAACUCGGCGCGUGUGAAGGCGCAAUUCCGCAACCCCGAGUCAGUGAUGAUCCUCGCCUACGCCAUCAUCAUGCUUCACACUGACAUGUACAGCCCCAAUGUGCGACCCGGCUCAAAAAUGACCCGGGAGGACUUUGUCAAUAACCUCCGUGGCAUUGACGAUGGCGAGGACCUGGAUAGGAACCUGUUGCUGGCCAUAUUCGAUCGAAUGCAGGCGGGCGAGAUGCUGGUGGCACCGGACCACACGGAUCAGGUGCGUCGUGUUCACCGCCUCCUCACUGGACCCCUGCGACCUACUAAUCUUGUCCUGCCCCAGCGCCGUCUGGUCUGCUACUGCCGUCUCUAUGAGGUCCCAGACAAGACAAAACGCGAUCGGAGUGGGCCACACCAACGGGACGUGUUCCUUUUUAACGACCUCCUUCUAGUGACAAAGGCUAUUCGCAAGCGUCGAAAGGAGUCCUCCUCAUCCACCUCUUCCACUGCCACCUAUCAGGUGCGCGCGUGUAUCACUCUGCUGGGAAUCCGAGUUACCACCUUUGAGACAACGCACUACGAGAAUGGCUUCUCGCUUUACCAUGUGGAUCAAUCUAGUGCUGCUCUAAACAGUGAAGGUGACGAGAAGAAGAAAAGCUCGGCGUCGUCGUCGUCAUCGACAUCAGCGAAGCGUGCUAGUAGUCUGAAGAGUACUAGUGAACCGUCUCGUGGUAAUCCGGUGAUCAGUUUCAAUGCUAAAACACAAUCAGAUAAACUGCGGCUUCUGGAGGACAUUCAGGAAUGCAUAACCGAAACGCUAGAAAUGGACCGAAUUCGGCUAGAUGACGUGCUCUGCAAGCAAGCCCCUAUCGCAAAACCUUUGGACGCCGUCGCCGCGAUCACCUAUGGUCUUCCGCAGGGGACAGUGGCGGUGGCGCCGAUGCCUCACUCCCGCCACACGAGAGGCGGCUGCUACCCGUCCCAUUUGAGCCCCGACACCACCUCUCUGGGUUUACUCGCCUCCGCUCGCAGUGCCGGUGUCUGUGCACCCGGAUACCGCAGCCACCAGCACCAGCAGAAUCACCACGCGCCUGCCUUGCAGCGGCCAAGGGCCUAUGUCUAUCGCUCGCACGAGCAGUCUCACUAG